CUCACACACGGAACACUCCAAGAGAAGAGCGAUGCUGAAGACGGAAAUCGAGUGCGGCGGCGGCGGCGGAUGGGGGCUAAUUUGCGAGGCGUGCGAGCGAGCUGCGGCGGUUGUGAUCUGCAAGGCGGACGCGGCGUCGCUGUGCGGCGCGUGCGACGAGGAGAUCCACUCGGCGAACCCACUGGCGCGGCGCCACCUCCGGGUGCGGCUCCCUGCGGCGGAGGAGGAGGAGGAAGCGGCGUCGUGGCUGGUGCUCAACAAGAACGAGAGGCAGAGCCUGUUCGGGGGAUCGGAGGAGGAGGAGUUAGAAGAUGGAGAUGAAGAGGAGGAGUAUUUGAAGUUGGUGGAGCUGGAUGAGGAGUUCAAGGACGGUGGUUAUGGCGGCGGAGGAGACGACAGCGUGGUGCCGGUUCCGCUCGAUCAGUUGCACUUCCAGCACCACGGUUACGACAUGUUCUCCGCCGAACCCGAGUUUCACUCCUUCACUAACGCCGCCUUCCUCACCCACCACUCCGUGUCAGUGUCGUCAAUGGAGGUGGGCGUGGUGCCGGAUUCAACGACGACAACCGUGAGCGACAUGUCGAUUAUUUCCAACGCGCGGCCGCCAAAAGGGACGAUCGACCUGUUCUCCGGCACGGCGGCGAUUCAGCUGAGUCCGACGGACAGAGAAGCCCGAGUUCUCCGCUACAGAGAGAAGAAGAAGACCAGAAAAUUCGAGAAGACGAUCCGAUACGCCUCCAGAAAGGCCUACGCCGAGACCCGGCCCAGAAUCAAGGGCCGGUUCGCCAAACGAACCGAUGUCCAGGUCCAACUGGACCGGAAAUUCUCCUCCAAACGAACCGAUGCUGGGUAUGGGAUUGUGCCUUCCUUUUGAAGAACAAAGCUGGUUUAAGUUUAAGUACUAAAUUACUAAUUAUAGUUAAUUAAAUUUUAACUGUUUCGAAUAUAGAAUAAUAUUUUGCCUUGAAUUGUAUAUUAAUUUUUGUAAUUAUUUAUACCGUUCAGUCUUGUUCAUUUGUUGAAACUUUGCUCCUGAAUAUAUGUUUGUAAUAUUUUUUUUCCAA